AUGGGGUCUACCAUGGACAGUGCCAAGAUCCUCUUCUCUGUUCUGUUCCUCUACGUCUGCUACCAGGUGACUCAGGGCCAGAUGGUGAUGGACUGCUGUCUGGAGGUCAAUAAAAAAGAGAUCCCACCACGCAUUGUCACGGGUUACCAGCCUCAGGUUAGGGGUCAAGGCUGCUCCAUUGACGCCAUAGUCUUCAACACCAAAAAGGGACGUAAACUGUGUGCCCCUACUGGCCCUGCCUGGGUUACUAACCUGAUGAAACACAUGGACAAGCUGAUCAAGAUGUGCCACGACACCAACUUCAAGGGUAAACACUGUAAGAAGAUGAAGCCCAAGCAUUCCUAA